AUGUCGCAAGAAAAUAUAAUAACACAAGUGACGCCAGACUCACCUUCACAACUUGCUAAUGCAACCACCAACAACACCGGCACUUCUAAUGAGGAUAUAGAUUUCAACUCACUCAUUCAUUUAAACCUUAGAGGCACUGAAUUUACCAUUACUCGAGAUGAAUUGAUGAGUUUACCUGAAAGUAUAUUACUUUGUCUUUUCCCCAAUGGGGUAUUUCUUGAUGUUAAUGGACAAAUUAUAAGUAAUUUAACUGAAGAAGAUGUUGUUUAUGUCAAUUUUGAUCCUGAUUGUUUCCAAUAUAUCAUUGACGUUUUUCGAAAAGCACAACAAGAUUUGGUGCAAAUGUCUUCAAAUCAACUGAAUUUACAAUUAAGUCCUCAAAUUAGUAGUGGGUCAAGAAGUCAACAACAACAUCAGCAAGAAAACAUUCUUCAAACUAAACCAGCUAUAAUUGUAUUACGAGAGGAUUUGGAUUUUUAUGUGAUUCCACCAAUUGCUGGAUUGAAUAGAGAAGAAAUGAGACAAUUGAAAAAGGGGGUUAGUGUAGAAUUACUCAAGAAUAAAUUGAUUUUUUCAGGACUUGGUUAUAAAUUUGAAGAAAAUGACCCGGUGUUAAUUGGCGAAGAUGGUUCAAUAAUGCAGGAUGCCAAUGAGAAACAAGAUAAUAAUAAUGGUAAAGGAUUGGGAGCAGCCGAACAACAUCUUUUUGAUAUGUUGUGUAGUUCAGGGUUUGAAACUAAAGAUAAAUGGGGAUCAAGAAGUUUAGAACCAGGUAAAUGUGUCAUUUCAUCAUUAUCAUUAGUUAGAUUAAAGACAGAGAGGGAAAGGGAAAGGGAAAGGGAAAAAGAAAAAGAUCAACAACAAACACCUUCGGAAACACCACCCGAUUCACCUUCUUUAACACCAGUCGCAUCACAUGCCAGUGGUAAUAAUAGUAAUAGUAAUGGCAAUGGUAACGAAAGAUCUCGAUCACGACCAAGGUCAAGAAUAGCUCAAUUGGCAAGCAGUGCGUCAAGAGCAGCAUCACGAUCACUUUCACUGAAGCGAAACAAUAAUAGUAAAGUUGACCCUAAUCAAACAAAAUUGUUGUUAUUUUGGCGUAAACCAGCAAGGAAAUGUUGGUGGUCCCAUGGAUGGAUCACUAUCAAUAUAGAUGUUGCAGAUAUAAAGGAAUUGGAAGAUAGUGAUGCGGCUAAAUUGAGUGUUAAGGUACAUGUUCGAAGAGUUUGGACAUUGGAAUUAUCAAUCAUUACGUGA